AUGAAGUCAUGGGUAUGGAUUCUAUUGAUUUUGACUAUUAUUUCUGAAAUUAUAGCUGUGCCAUCGAGAAAAUCUGCACUAGAAACCAAAAGACAAAACUCUGGCAGGAGAAAAAAUAAGUUACAAGGAAUAACGUUUUGGAAAUCAGAAGCUAGCCAAAUAGUGCUGAACUUGAAACGAAAAAUUCAAGAAGCUUACGACAAAGUUUUCUGGAAAGUCGCGGGAUUUUUCGAUGGGAAACAGUCGUACACAUGGAAAGUUUUUGGAAAAAGUAUACGAAUCGUAAUUCCACGCAUGCCACGCUCCUGGAAGGAGUUCAAAGGACGUUUGGCUAGUAUAGAACGCGUGAUUCGUGACAAUUCACGCAUUCGAUAUCUAGCAGCAAUUUAUGCAAAUAUUGCGGUUUUUGUAAUAACUUAUAUAAUCAUAUUUAUUUACAACAUACACUGUUAUUUUCGUUAUCGGCAAGUUUGGGCAGCUAAUAAGAAUGAUGAGUUAAUAUUCAAGCCAACUUGCACAACAGAUAUCUUUUCGGAUUUGCAGUCAUACUUGACGACUGCAAGAAACAGGCUUGAUGACGAACAAAUAUGUGCAAAUGCUUUGUCGAGUCCUUCAGAAACAAUUUUAGAAGAUGAUCAAGAAACUGACAAUCGAAUAUUAGCAAAUACAUUAGUGCAAAGGAUUCUUGCUAGAAACUGCACUCAACGAACAAACUUGUCAAUAUAA